AUGGUGCCCUCAGUCGAGAUCGUGGCGCCUAGCCAGGACUCCCAACUGGUGGUCCUUGCCUCCACACGUGCCGUCCUCACUCAGCCAGACAACUCGCUUAUCCUCUCGCCCGCCACGAUCACCAUCUCGCCAGUCACAGGCACCAUUGUGUCCAUAGCCCGCGCGGUCCUGCCCGCCUCUGCCUUCCCCGCCAACACCCAGUAUGUCGACUACUCGCCCAGCGUGCUGAUGCCCGGCAUUGUCGAUGCCCAUGUGCACCUGAACGAGCCCGGCCGCACGGAGUGGGAGGGCUUCUAUACCGGUACCCGUGCCGCGGCAUCCGGCGGUGUCACUACCGUUGUCGACAUGCCGCUCAACGCCAUCCCGCCCACCACCACCGUCCAAGGCUUCAAGGAGAAGCUGGCCGCCAGCCAGGGCCAGCUCUGGGUCGACGUCGGCUUCUAUGGUGGCGUUGUUCCGGGCAACGCCGACGAGCUGCUGCCUCUGGUUGACGCCGGUGUGCGCGGCUUCAAAGGAUUUUUGAUACACUCUGGCGUCGAUGAGUUCCCGGCCGUGUCCGCCAAGGAUAUCAGCCUCGCCAUGGAGACCCUGAAAGACGCCGACACAACGCUCAUGUUCCACGCCGAGAUGCUCCCGCCCAUUGCCGACUCUGUGGGCGACGCCGUCCAAACGUCCGAACCGCCACUCGCGCCGCACGGCGCUCUCGAAGCCUACAACACGUUCCUCGAGAGCCGGCCGCCUGUCUUUGAGACGUGUGCCAUUGAAGAAAUCGUGUAUCUGGCGCCCAUUGCCCCCAACCUGCACCUGCACAUUGUGCACUUGUCGGCCACCGAGUGCAUCCCCAUCUUGCGCGCCGCCCGCGAGCGUGGCAUCAACAUCACCGCCGAGACCUGCUUCCACUACCUGGGCCUAACCUCGGAUGCCAUCGAAGACGGCGACACCCGCCACAAGUGCUGCCCGCCCAUCCGCAGCCAGAUCAACCAGGACGGCCUGUGGACCGAGCUGGGCCGCCCGGACAGCAUCAUCAAGACUGUCGUGUCCGACCACUCGCCCUGCACACCCGAUCUGAAGCUGUUGCCUGGUCACCUGGCCGCACCUGCGCCAGGUACUGCUGCCUCUCUGCAGGUUGAGAAUGUGGCGCCCGACAUGCUCCACUCCGACUCUGGUGUUGACUUGACGGCCCCCGAGGGAGAGACGACAAAGGCGGCCAAGGCCGCGACCCCGGUCGACGAGGCCGUCUCGGUCCUGGCCAGCCCGGCCGAAGAGGAGCGUGCCAAGAUGGCCGCCGCCGUCGAGAAGCAGGGCGACUUCUUUGCCGCCUGGGGCGGUAUCUCGUCUGUCGGCCUCGGCCUGCCCAUCAUGUACACGGCUGCUCAAGCCCGCCGCGCUGCGGCGCAUGCCGGCGCCGGCAACGAACACCACCAGUGCGCCGAUGCCGACUGCGACAAGGUCGUGCCCGCGUCCUCCACGUCUGCCGUCGCAUCCACAUCCGUCCCUGACAUCAUCGACAUUGUCCGUCUCUGCAGCCAGGCCACUGCUGAGCAAGUCGGUCUCUCGCACCGCAAGGGCGGUCUGCGCGUCGGCCUCGACGCCGAUGUUUGUGUCUUUGACGACGCGAUGCGGUGGACAUUCACGCAAGGCGAUAUGCGCUGGAAGAACCGCUGCUCGCCCUGGGAGGGCCACACGUUUGAGGGCCGCGUGCGGGCCACGUGGCUGCGCGGCCAGGCCAUCUUCGCCCUGGGCGGCACCAACGAUGGUUUUGUUGGCGGCCGCCCCGUGGGUGCACCGCUCAUUGAGAAGCGUGGUACGGCGAAAGAAGUCGAGGCAUAA